CAGCCUUUUGGUGGGAAAAUGAGUGCACUGCACGCAUAUUUAAUGUAAAAUGAAAGCCUUAAAAUUUACAUUCCGCUGUCAAUUAUAACGGAAAAGUGACGGGUAUAUCCCAAGCAUAAUACAGUGUGAAAGAUUCACGCUAGCAGAUUUAAAAAAAAAAUCUCAGUUAAUCUUCUGGAAGAUCAGAGAAAGUACACACAGCCUUUUGUUUGCUAGCAUGCUAUCACGUUAGUCAACGGUUUGUCUAAAGCUGACUAGCAACAAGGUUAACUCCUUUUUUUUCUUCUUCUUCUUUAAGCUAACUUUACGACCACUGAAAGAAAAUUAGACGUUUUAGGGUUAAAUCUAAUUAACUGUACACGAUAGUGCUUCACUUAAAAUUCUCUAGGUUGGCAGAUUUAUUUGUUAAUUAGUCCGAUCAUCACCAACAUGCCAGAAAUCAAACUCAAACAUGUCGUGUCCUGCAGCACCGAGGACAAUACUCACAAAGCAGACAACCUGCUGAACUCGGACACCUACAGAAAGUGGAAAGCAGCACGACCAGGGGAGAAGCAAACAUCAGUUAUCCUACAGUUUGAGAAGGAGGAGCAGGUACACAGUAUUGAUAUUGGAAACGAAGGAUCAGCUUUCAUUGAAGUGUUGGUGGGAAAUUCUUCAGCUGUCAAAGACCAGGACUAUGAGGUUCUGCUUGUCACUUCAUCCUUCAUGUCCCCCACGGAGAGCCGUAAUGGCACCAACAUGAACCGGGUGCGCUUCUUUGGCCCCAGCCAGCUGCAGAAGAGCACGGCUCAGGAGAAGUGGGACAGAGUGAAAAUUGUGUGUAGCCAGCCAUACAGCAAGAACAUAGCCUAUGGGCUUGCCUUUGUGAAAUUCCACUCACCACCUGAUAAAAAUGAUCCUCCAACUUCCUCCCCUAAACUAACAAAGCUGGGACAGUUCAAGGUGAAGGAUGAGUCUCCGUUGUCUGGGCCCAGCCUUCAGCCUGGCAGUCUUUUCUUCAGUCGGGACAAUGCAGCAAAGUCAGGCUCCUCGUCCAAAGUCUCUCCACAGAGUGACAAGUUGAGCUAUGCUGCUGCUGCACUACAAGCAGGUGGCAGCUCUCAGUCAUCAGGCCAAGCUUCCUCCUCCAACUUUGCCUCACUGCAGCCAACAGCAAAAAGAAAGUUUGAGUUUAGCAAAGAGCGGCAGUCUGCCCCCGGCCCUCCUCCCUCAAAGAAACUGAGCCCUGCUGGAUCACCUGAGAGCAAAGCCGCAACCCCCAAACACAAGCCGAGCCCGGCCAGCACACCCAGCCCAAGCAGUGCUAAAGCAUCAUCAGCGCCGAAGUCUGCCGAGAAAAAGAAGGAGAGUCAGUCUAAACCAGAACCUAAACCCAAACAGAAGACAAAAUCCAAGAGUGAGCAGCAGGUCCCAUUUAACCGGAUACUGGAAGGGGUGGUGUUUGUCCUCAGUGGCUUCCAGAACCCCUUCAGAGGGGAGCUGAGGGAAAAAGCUUUGGAGAUGGGAGCCAAGUAUCGGCCUGACUGGACACCGGACUCCACUCAUCUUAUCUGCGCCUUCGCAAACACUCCCAAGUACAGCCAGGUGAAAUCAGCAGGUGGCAUCAUUGUACGAAAGGAUUGGGUCAUGGACUGCCAUAAAAGGAAAUACAAGAUCCCAUAUAAACGGUAUUUGAUGGAUGGAGCCGAGUCGAGCUCGGAGAGCGAAAUGGAGGUGGAUGACCAAAGCGAAGAGGAAAUGAACACAAAGACUCCACAGAAACAGGAGAGACAAAUCACUCCUAAAAAGACACCAGAAAAGAGGGAUAAAGAUGAUGAAUAUGCUGGUUCCACUGAUGUGGAUGAAGAAGAUGAAGAUGAUGAAUCUGCAGUGGACACAGAAGACGAGCUGCAGAGAGUGGAGAGCAAGCAGAAGAAAGCAGCAGCCAAAGAAACGAUGAUGAAAGAGGAAGAUCUAUACGGGGGGUCAACAGAUGAAAACACAGACGCUGAAGCUGAAGAGGAUCAUCCCAUCCCUGAGCUACCAGAUUUCCUCAGUGGAAAGCAUUUUUUCCUCUACGGUACAUUUCCCAACAAUGAAAGGCGACUUCUGCUCCGGUACAUCGUUGCCUUUAACGGAGUGAUCGAGGACUACAUGACUGAUAAGGUGCAGUUCGUGGUGACCAGUGAAGGGUGGCACGACUCCUUUGAAGACGCGCUGAUGGAGAACGGCAGUCUGAACUUUGUGAAACCUGCGUGGAUAUAUGCGAUCAAUGAGCGGCAGAAGCUGCUGCCCUAUCAACCCUACACCGUCGUCCCCUAAAAAGUACUGUGUACACCAAUGAGAGCACAUCACACCCUGAGGAAGAAGCAGGGAAAGCCAUAGACACAUUUUCUUAUUUCUGAUUAGCCAUUUCACUUUGAAGAAGCAAUAAAUCAACUAUUGUUCUUUUACACAUUUUUUUAUUAACAUGGAGUUAAUAAAAAAAAAAGAACUUCAGGCCUUCAUGUGUUUUUUUAUCACAAAGCUGUAUGAAAGUGUCUGUUAAAUUAUGUCCCUUGAGGGAAAUGUUAGGAUUAGUUAUAGAUUUAUUUUUAGUUCUCUCUCUUCAGGGUUGUUAGUUGGAGUCAGGGCAGAAAGUAAAAUCAUCAUCAUCACCAAUCCAGUGCUGCUCUUCACUCAGACCUCAUGAAAGAAGCAAAUUCCCCCGAUUCAGGACUUGUUUGAAUUCCUCUGUUCCUGUGCUGCAGUCUGCUGCUGCUCAGCUCGGCUACCUCAGGCAGCAGGAGGGAAAAUGAAUAAUCACUCUGUCCUGACAGCCACAGGCGGUGAUAAGACUCUGACAGGAUUAUUUUUAUGAGAUCGACCCAAAGUCAGGUGAAAGGUGCUGCUUAUUUAAGGUUAGAGACAAUUUUUUGAGGGGUGGGGGUGGUGGUGGUCGCGUGAUUGAUUCAUUUAUUCUGUUCAAGAUUGAUAGACAAAAGUUUUUUUUUUUAUCCAUGUUUGUUUAUUGUAUAUUUAGGGACAGACUUGGGGUUAUUAAACUUGUAAGUGCUUACAACAUUUUUUUAAAUUUCCAAAAUGUCUGCUUAUUUUAUGUGGAAAUGUUUGGGAAGCUUUCGGCUCUCGCUGCUCAAAAUCAGCUGUUUAAUACUCUUCGUUUUUUAUUAAUAUUAUAAUUGUAGAAUUUUAUUAUUUUGUCUAAAUAAAAGAAAACAACGUGUGUUCCUUAUUAAACCUGCUCUGCACUGAGCUUCUCUGA